AUGGCACUCUUCAACAGUCAGUCGGACGGAUCCGGACACUCCAACAGUCAGUCAGACGUUUCCCGAUACUCCAACAGUCAGUCGGACCGAUCCAGACUCUUCAACAGUCAGUCGGACGGAUCCGGACACUCCAACAGUCAGUCAGACGUAUCCCGAUACUCCAACAGUCAGUCGGACGGAUCCGGACACUCCAACAGUCAGUCGGACGGAUCCGGACACUCCAACAGUCAGUCGGACGGAUCCGGAUACUCCAACCGUCAGUCGGACGGAUCCGGACACUCCAACAGUCAGUCAGACGUAUCCCGAUACUCCAACAGUCAGUCGGACGGAUCCGGACACUCCAACAGUCAGUCGGACGGAUCCGGACACUCCAACAGUCAGUCGGACGGAUCCGGACACUCCAACAGUCAGUCAGACGUAUCCCGAUACUCCAACAGUCAGUCAGACGGAUCCGGACACUCCAACAGUCAGUCGGACGGAUCCGGACACUCCAACAGUCAGUCGGACGGAUCCGGAUACUCCAACAGUCAGUCGGACGGAUCCGGACACUCCAACAGUCAGUCGGACGUAUCCCGAUACUCCAACAGUCAGUCGGACGGAUCCGGACACUCCAACAGUCAGUCAGACGUAUCCCGAUACUCCAACUGUCAGUCGGACGGAUCCGGACACUCCAACAGUCAGUCGGACGGAUCCGGAUACUCCAACAGUCAGUCGGACGGAUCCGGACACUCCAACAGUCAGUCAGACGUAUCCCGAUACUCCAACAGUCAGUCGGACGGAUCCGGACACUCCAACAGUCAGUCAGAGGUAUCCCGAUACUCCAACUGUCAUUCCGACGGAUCUGGACGCACCAACAGUCAGUCCGACGGAUCCGGACACUCCAACAGUCUAUCGGACGGAUUCGGACACUCCAACAGUCAGUCAGACGUAUCCCGAUACUCCAACAGUCAGUCGGACGGAUCCGGACACUCCAACAGUCAGUCAGACGUAUCCCGAUACUCCAACUGUCAUUCUGACGGAUCUGGACGCACCAACAGUCAGUCAGACGUAUCCCGAUACUCCAACAGUCAGUUUGACGGAUCCGGACACUCCAACAGUCAGUCAGACGUAUCCCGAUACUCCAACAGUCAGUCGGACGGAUCCGGACACUCCAACAGUCAACACUCCAACGUAUCCCGAUACUCCAACAGUCAGUCCGACGGAUCCGGACACUCCAACAGUGAGUUUGACGGAUCCGGACACUCCAACAGUCAGUCAGACGUAUCCCGAUACUCCAACAGUCAGUCGGACGGAUCCGGACACUCCAACAGUCAGUCGGACGGAUCCGGACACUCCAACAGUCAGUCCAACGGAUCCGAAUGCUCCAACAGUCAGUCGGAGGGAUCCGGAUACUCCUACAGUACUGGAACUGGUCUGUGA